CAGUUUCCAUCCCCAUCCCCAACCCAAACCAAAACCCACCCGCCCUCUCUCUCUCUCUCUCUCUCUCUCUCUCUCUCUCUCCCUGUACAUUUGCCCAACCGGGUCGAGAGGGGGAGAGAGAGCUCCUGUGGCAGCGAAGCUAUGGGUCCGCCUCCCGCGAUGCCGGAAGCCCCAAAAUCGGUCUGCGUCAUGGACGCCUCCGGCUACCUCGGCUCGCGCUUGGUCCACCAUCUUCUCCGCAGAGGCUACAACGUUCAUGCUGCCGUCAACAACGGAGGAGAGCUGGAGUUCCUGCAACGACUAGCGGGAGAGGAUAAUAAGUGCCUGAAACUGUACUCUUGUGAUCCCUUGGAUUACCAGAGUAUAGUAGAUGCUAUCAAGGGAUGUUGUGGAUUGUUCUACAGUUUUGAGCCUCCAAAAUAUCAAACAGCCUACGAUGAUCUGAUGAUGGAGGUUGAGGUCCGAGCAGCUCACAAUGUACUGGAAGCAUGCGGGCAAACAGAGAGCAUGGAGAAGGUGGUCUUUACCUCGUCUGUGGCUGCCGUCAUCUGGAAAGAAAACCGGAAGAGCAUGGCCGAAUUCGACGAGCGACAUUGGAGCGAGGCCAACUUCUGCAGAAAUUUCAAGCUCUGGUACGCCCUGAGCAAGACGUUGGCUGAGAAGACUGCGUGGGCACUAGCUAUGGACCGGGGAGUCAACAUGGUCUCAGUCAACAGUGGGCUUUUAACUGGCCCGGACCUAGGCGCAGCACACCCAUACCUCAAGGGAGCGGCGGAGAUGUAUGAGGACGGAGUCUUGGUCACGGUGGAUGUUGACUACUUGGUCGAUGCGCACAUAGGCGCUUUCGAGAAGGAGUCGACCUUUGGGCGCCACAUUUGCUUCAACCGACUCAUCAACCGCGAGGAGGACGCGGUCGAGCUGGCUCGCCUCUUGGCUCCAAGCGCAACCUACCUACCUAACAGCAAGGAUUCAAAAAUGUACGAGCAAAGGAUCAGCAACAAGAAGCUGAAUAAGAUAAUGGUGGAUUUUACCGGCGGGAUCAGGGAUGAGUGAGGCAAUAUAUGUACCCUGGGCCAGUGAAUAACGGCGGCAGAAGAUGUUAUAUGUACACAUCUGUCUCUCUGUACUUAUGAAGUACGUGUGAUUGGUAUCUUUAAUGCAAAAGUGUUAAGUAUUUUGGUUC